AGCAGCGCCGCGCUGCCCGGCGGACAAGAUGGCGGCUCCCAUGGAGCUGAGCUGCUGGGGAGGAGACUGGGGGCUGCCGUCCCUGCACCCGGAGUCUCUCACCGUCAUGGCUUACGCCAAAUUUUCUGGUGCCCCCCUGACAGUGAAUACUAUAAAUAACUUGUGGAGAGCUCCGAAAGGAGAUCUGCCAGUCCUGGUAUCACAAGACAUUGUUAUUUCUCAGCCAGCAAAAAUACUAAACUUCUUAAGAAGGCAGAAGUACAAUGCUGAUUACGAUUUGUCUGCAAAACAAGGAGCUGAUACACUGGCAUAUAUUGCACUACUUGAAGAGAAACUGCUUCCUGCUCUGCUGCACACUUUCUGGAUUGAGGCUGAAAAUUACUGCAGUGUGACAAAGCCAUGGUUUGCCUCAAGGAUUGCCUUCCCACUGAGUUUGUAUCUGCCUGGGAAGAUGUCCAGGGAAGCACUGAACAGGAUCUUGCUGACUAAGGGAGGCCCUCCACUCUAUACUCUCACGGAAGUGGAAGCACAGAUAUACAGGGAUGCCAAGGAGUGCCUAAAUCUCCUGUCGAAGAGAUUGGGAACAUCUCAGUUUUUCUUUGGAGAUACGCCUACCACCUUGGAUGCCUUUGUAUUUGGUUUCCUUGCACCAAUUUAUAAAGUGUGCUUCCCGAGGGUACAGUUGCAAGAGCAUUUGAAACAGCUUCCCAAUCUGUGUCGAUUUUGUGAUGAUAUUUUAACUUGCUACUUCAGGUUAACUGUCUCAGGCCAUUCUCCAGCUGGACAGGAUACAGCAGAUGCUAAUCUGCAGAAACUCACACAGCUUGUAAAUAAGGAAUCCAACUUGAUUGAAAAGGUUAUUUUUGCUUCAGUAUCUUUAAUUUUACUGCUUUGUGUGCACACCAACAGAGGAGUGGUAUCUUUCUGCAAGUGUACAUUCAGCAAAGAAGGAGGAAAAUGUAUUGGUCGAAACUCAGAAAUUAAGACUGAUCACCAGUUUUCCUUGCUCCCAGCUGCAUGCUGUAGUAACUAACUAGCAGUCACUCUUCUCCUGCUUGUUCUAUAUCUAGCUGUUUUUUCUUAUGUUCUUUUUUUCUUAGGCUGUCACUCAGCACCAAGCAAAAGCUAUACAACUCACCUGAAAAAUACUUGUGAAGAAUUAGCCUUUUCAAGCAGAUAAAAUACUCUAACUGAAAGGGUAGAAGGCAUUUCUUUCUGACAAAGAUCAGUGUGUCAAAUAGAUCAUUAAUUAUGAUCAGCUUCUGUAGCAUUAAGUACUGAUCCUUUUUCUGGCAUUGAAGUGUGGCUGUGGAAGUUCUAAACAAUGGGUUACAUAGACAUUUGUCAUGCAUGAUUGAGGAAAAUCUGAUCCUGUCUUUAAGAAACAGAAUAGACUAGGCAGCCUCUGCAGAUCUCCCCUGUGCUUUUAUUCUGUACCAACUAAACUUUUUCAGAACACAUUACACACAGGGCAUUGGAGUGAUUUCCUAUGAAAAUGUGAAUUGUUUAUAUUCUGAGAUGAGUUUUAUCCUGUCUUUGAAAAAGGUCUUAUCACAAACACUUUAUUACAUACUUUUUGCAAUGUGUAACUAAUACAAAAUCACUCAGCAUCUCCAGAACUUUUCUGAUUUCGAGUUUUAUUCUUGCAUGGUGCUGAAUAUACAUAAGCAUCCAUUGAUGUUAGCAGUUUGACUCUUGAUCUACUUUCUCACAGCAUUUGAUUAUUGUACAAUAUUUGACCUCUUAGAAUUGGUGUUACUUCCUUCAGUAAUCUUGACCAAACAGCUUGAACAGAAGCACAUCCAGAUGCCCUGGGUUUGAUGCACCAUGUAUAAGGGAAUGAUUAGCAGCUCUAACACAAGCAUAUAUUUGGGAGCAGAUAAAAACCAAAGCACCAGUUUUUGCUGGUCCUGGCAGUAAACGUACACCAACCCAGUAUUAAUGAUGGCAGCCCUGACAAAUAAGACUAAUAGUAUAAUCUAUAUUCUGCUGUUGCCAGAUCCAGCUCUCAUUGUUUCUCUGCAGAUGGACGACAACCUUCGUAAGAGUCCUCAGCAUCCACCUCGGAAGCUCACAACGCUCAAGCUUGCUGCAGGUGGAGAAGAAAGCAGUCCAAUGAGUCGUUUGUCACCUUGACAUCUCUUGUUGCACAUACAUGUGUGUUUUGUAACUCAGCUGAGUGCCACAGUAAAUUUUUUUCACAUGAAUGUUUUACAAGGGAAGAAUCUGCUAAUGAGUACAAGUAGAGAAGAAAUAGAGCUUUACAAUCUUC